CCCGCCGCAAUCUGUCGUGCAUUGAUGACGUCAUUGUAAUGGCCGCUCUCCCAGCGCUGUGCGGGUUCUUUUCUUUUCUCCGCUGAUUCAGUUGCAUCAAACCGAAAAGCGUUCAUUGUAGACUGUGGUAGGGCACCUCAGAGGGAGGGGCUGCCGUUACAGCAUCAGUGGCUUAAUUAAAAAAAACUUUAGUUUUGAAAGGUGAUUGAGAAUCACGCUUGUUAGCGCUUUUAGCUUAGCUGCUCAGAGAUAGGCUGUGAGCGGAAAGAUGGCGAAGAGAUGCCGCCUUGUCGCACCGGUGCUUGUGCAGCUGCGAGCAGGCUCUAAUGUCGCUUAGCUCUCCGGUGUCCGUGCGUGUAUAUGUGUAUAAGAGUAUUUUGCGUCUGUUUGUUUAGCGGUUUAGGUCUUUUAGCUGGAUCUCCACCGUCGUCGACCUCGAGGCCUACUAACUUAGUUGGCAGCUAGCUUGCUAGAUAUUGGAUGCGUUAGACUAGUUUGUUCCACCUGGUUUAUGGCCAACUAGUUAUGGACGUUUUUGGUGGGUAAAUGUGCAACACUGGAAGUUUAUCUGCUGUCUUUCGUACAUUUACAGCCCGUUUUUCUUGCUAAACGUGGUUGUAGCAUGCGCUACAUUGGUUCUUCUAGUUGAGCCUGGCUCUGUCUGUCAGUGUAGCCUGAUAACAGUUUCGGAACUUAGCCUAGCGUAGCAGGAAUUAUUGUUCAUUCGCUCGCUGCUUGGCCAAAAAAUAAGUCGCCGUCGGGAGUAAACCCUUCAAAUAGUCAGAACUUUGUCCUCAUGGAUACACCUGAGAGCCCCACACAGUCUCCACAAUCCCCCGAAGAUGAGGAAAAGGGGUUUUCCAACAGAGGGGGGCUGGACUCCCCCGAUGAAGAGGCUGAUGGGGUCAUCUCAGACAGUGAGUUGCUUCAAGAUGAUGAAGAUGGGGGCAUAGUUGAAGAAGAUCGAGAAAUGAUGGGGGAAAGCCAAGGGCAAAUUUCAGAUCUGGAGGACGAGGUGGUCCCGGAUUUUGUCUCAGAUCCAGAGGAUGAUAAGCCUGUCGGAGAGACAGGUGAGAUGAGUCAUGAAGAUGAAACCAUCCUCCUGAUGGACGGGGAUGAGGAUGGGCCACAGGAGGAAGAGGAAAGAGUGAUUGACACACCACGAUCGCCUGAUUCGGAGCCUGAACAAGCCCUCUACCCUGAGGAGGAUGGAGACGAUGCAGAUGAAGGAUACGGCUACUACAAACGCAUCUCAGCUGAACAGGGGGCUCAAGAGGCCGAUGAUGACGAGGAAGAUGAGGAGAAUAAAGACAAACCCGAAGAAGAUGAGGAGAGUGAAAGGAGGAGGAGAGCCGCCGCAGCGAGAGAAAUGAAGGACGAUUCUGCCUCGGUGUCUCGCGAGCUGGACGAGCACGAACUGGAUUAUGAUGAAGAAGUCCCAGAGGAGCCCAGCAUCCCUGCACACGACGAAGAGGAUGAUGAGGAUGAAACGAAAGCAAAGGGAGAGGAGGAAGAGCAAGCACAGAGCGACGAAAAGAACAUUAAGAAAAAAGAGAAGAAGCGGAUCCUUCCUCCGUCUCCGAAUGAUCCCAGGAGGGAAGAGGACUCCAAAGGUCUGGAGAGGACUCGCAGAGACUCCUUCAUAGACAGGAAGAAAGAGGAUGAUGAUGGAGAGAUAGAUGAAGGAGAGAUUGAUGAUGACGACCUGGAGGAGGGGGAGGUCAAAGACCCGUCAGACAGGAAGAUCAGACCACGUCCCAUCUGCAGGUUCUUCAUCAAAGGAAACUGCACAUGGGGGAUGAACUGCAGGUUUAUCCACCCAGGAGUCAACGACAAAGGGAACUACUCCCUCAUCAGCAAACCGGACCCCUUCUCACCAAAUGGAGCCCCUCCUGGGGGGCCACUCCCGCUCAUGCCCAACACCCCCUGGGUCGGCCCACCCGUGGAGGAGCUGCCCCCACCACCUCCUCCUGCAGAGCCUCCUGUGGAGAGCGCCUGGGAGAGAGGACUAAGGCACGCCAAAGAGGUGCUGAAGAAAGCCACAAUCAGGAAGGAGCAGGAGCCCGACUUUGAGGAAAAGCGCUUCAACGUGACGAUCGGAGAAGACGAGAGGGACUUUGACAAAGAAAACGAGUUCUUCAGAGAACGCAGCUACCGCGUCAUCAGAGAGGAAGUGGAUUUCAGAGAUCCAGUAUACAGCGACCCCUACGCUGACCCCUACUAUGACUAUGAAAUGGAAGCUUUGUGGCGCGGGGGCCAUUAUGAAAACUUCAGAGUGCAGUACACUGAAGCCCCCAUUCCUUACCACUUCACUGAGCGCGAACGCGAGCGGGAACUUCGGGAGCGUCACAGAGAGCGGGAGAGAGACCACCGUGAGCGGGAACGCCGACAGCGGGAAAGGGAGCGGGAACGAGAGCGGGAGCGUGAGAAGGAGAGGAUGAAGCGGAAAGAAGAGUGGGAGAGGGACCGGAUCAAACGCGACGACAAGGAGCGGCCGAGGAUGCGUCCUCCUCGAGACCCCAGAGACAAGAAAGAAGAGGAAAAGAUGAAGCCGCGCUCCCCCCCCAACCUGCCCGUCAACAGGCCGAUGGAGCCACCUUCAAAGAAAGAGAUGCUUCCUGUCAUGAGACGACCAGAUGAGUGGAAAGACCCAUGGCGCCGAUCCAAAUCUCCAAGGCGACGGGCCGGUUUGGGCUCCCCACCUCGAGGCCGCCGGCGACAUCGACCCUCAGGCUCCUCAGUCUCCUUGUCCAACUCUUCCAGGUCUUCAUCUCGCUCUUCGUCAUACACUGGUUCCGGGUCGUCUCGCUCCCGCAGCCGCUCCUCCUCCUUCAGCUCAUACUCCAGCCACUCGUCCCAGCACAGCUCCUUCAGCGGCAGCCGUUCCAGGUCUCGAUCUUUUUCUUCGUCUCCCUCAAAAAGUCCAGCAGUACCCCGGAAUGCCAAGAACAAACCAGACCUCCUUGCUGUGUCCGCUCGAGGCGUGCCACCUAAGCUGGGACCCAUGCCUCCUCCUCGCAGGGAGAAGCCCCCCCUGAAGAAAGCCCCCAGUCCACCUCCACCUGCUGGACCGCCGACCAGGCCACCCAAACCCCCCACAGAGGGAGGCAAGCCUCCCUCUGUUCUCAGAGAAGCUGGAAGCUCUGGGGGAACCGCAGGAAUGGGUGGAGUGGGUGCAGCAGGCAGACCUCCCCAACCACGGGAACCUGGGAGACCCCCGAACCCACGGGAGGGCAGGCUAAGGGAGAGGCAGCAGCACCCUCCCCAUAGGAGAACUGUGAGUGGGAGUGUGAGUGGAAGUGGCAGCAGUUACACCGGUUCCAGCUCCAGAUCCAGGUCAUCCUCCAACUCCCUGUCUCGCUCCCGCUCUGGAUCCAGAAAGUCCAGAUCGCUCAGUGUCAGCAGCGUUUCGUCCGUAUCGUCUGCAUCGUCCAGCAGCUCCAUGCGUAGCGCCGACUCUGACGACAUGUACGCAGACCUUGCAAGCCCGGUGUCCUCCGCCAGCUCCCACUCGCCCACACCCAACCAGCCCCGCAAGGAGCGCAGGCCUCCACGAGACCGCUCGCCUCCGGGCCGGGACAAGAACAGGGAAAGACCGUCAAAGAAAGAUGAGCUUUUUAGGGAAGAUCGCAGGAAAAUGGACCAGUCUGGAGCUCCACCCAGAGGGGCUGGUGCCCCACCUCGAUCUGGACCUGGCAAUAGGGGAGGCCCCCCUGUGCAUCCUCUACCUGUGGCUGGUGGCCCCCCUGGAAGCUAUGGAGGUUCAGGUUCCCACAAAGACAUCAAACUGACCCUGCUUAACAAGCAGGGAGACAGAGGCAACAGAAAGAGGUACCUGCCUUCAGACAAGGACCGGUCCGGUUCCCCUCUCAGCAAGAGGAUGGCCAUGUCUCCAGACCGAGGCCGUGAUAAAAAGAUGCCUGGUCGACCCCCAAUGUCUCCCAGAAUGGAUCGUCCGAGAGGACAGGGACCUCGACUCAUGCCCCCCCAGGGGGACAGAAAACGCCCCCUGUCUCCUCCACCCAAGUCCUCUGGGAAAAUCCCAACGACCCCGUCAAGCAAGCCGCCGGCAGCAGCCUCGACUCCGGCUGGGGGGUCAAGCUCGGGCUCUGGGAAGCCCAGCAACACGCUGUCCCGCCGCGAGGAGCUGCUGAAGCAGCUGAAGGCCGUGGAGGACGCCAUAGCACGGAAACGGGCGAAGAUCCCCGCCAAAUAAAGGGGAGGGCGGCCUCCUCGUCUGCCUGCUCGCUCCGCCUCGUGAGCCCAAAGGCGGCGAGGGUGAAGGGGCGGAGCACUGAGGCCCCCGCCCUCCAGAGGACCUGUAAAAAUGUGUUGUGGUUCAUGUUUAAAGGCUGUGAUGUAAGUGACCUGGAGGUAGGCGCUCGGAUGUCCUCGGAGAAGAUGAAAGCGUUUUUCUUCGGGAGGGGUACCUGGACACGUGGUCGGGGGGCUUUGAGGCUUCGUUGCGCGAAAAACAGCUCAGCAGCGGGAAGCAUCUUUCUCACGAAAACAGAUUUAUACUGAACCUGCUUUCUCCACCCCCUUUUAUCAUCUCGUUCUUUUGUUUGAUGAAGUGGAUCGGUGGCCAACCUUCACUGAAGCACCGCCCGCUUCACCGUUUUCCGCCGCUUUCACUUUUGUACAAAAAUACGAAAAAAGUCAGAUUCUUUCAACUGUAUGAUUGUAGACGGCAGUGAUGUGCGUACAGUAUUUGCUUUCUUUUUUUUAACUCGAGAUUUACUUUUCCUCUUAGCUCUUAAAAUGAUAAACCAGUCUUUUUUUGUGUCAGACUUUUAGUUGGAGGCGUACGAGGGGUGGAGCAGGGCGUUGAGAGACGGGCGAUGUCUUGCUUUUGUGACAAGAGCCUUCUAAAUAAACUAUUUUGAUAAAGCGAA